GUUCGAUGGCUCUCGCGACCUAAAGCCCCCAACCGGUGGCACCACCCACCGUUCUUCCAAACAUUCAGCGACGCGUCCAUUCACGACCUCAGCAGGCAGACGGAAAUGCCCAAGGCUACCAGCUCGGCGUCCCGUACAAGCGGGGAUCACUCAUUUCAAGCCGCCCACGCAUUGCGGCGUAAUCAGGCAUGUCACCAGUGUCGAAGGCGGAAGCUGAAAUGCGAUGCGAAGCGGCCCUGCUCGACAUGCAUUCGAUCGCAUUCAUACGCAGUUGCGCAUGCACCAGCAGGCGCAGAGCUUCCGCCCCACCCUCAAUGCACGUUCGACGAAGUCUCAGAGGGCGAGAGUAGCCCGGAAGUAUUCGAGAACCCGAAAGCUCGAUUCGAGCGUCUCGAGAGCAGGAUAAAUGAACUCGAGACUCUCUUGCGAGAGCAGGACAAGGAUACGGCACCUCAAUCCAGUAGGGAAUCUCACCGAACGAACGGGACCCAUACCAUAGACAGCGUCACUCCUGGGAGGCAGUCGGAUAGCGCCAUUCACUUGUCAUCGAGCUAUGCAGGUGAUCUGUACAACACUGACCAGACGAUGGCUAUCGACCCUGCCUUGAGCUUGCCAGAGUUCCAGAUAGGGUCUCCUCUCGACAAUCUAGCAGGAGUCGCAAGCCUCAUGGGUGCACCCGGGCCUUCACGCAUCACCAACGGCUCUCCUAUUGCUGAGCGAAGCACAACCUCAGAAGUCCCCAGCUCUGACCAUGGUCUCGAUAUUAUGUACAGCUCCUGGCCGCGUAACCUGCCCACACCGAACUUUUUGCGACAUUUAGUCGAUGCAUUUUUCUCAUAUCACCCUGACGCGACGCGCAUGUUCCACCAGCGCACAUUUCUCUCCACACUACUGCUACCCCCCACGCACCCAAGAUUCCCUUCCUUAGGUCUCCUACAUGCCAUAUGCGCUGUAGGCAGCAUGUACACGGCUGCAAUCCCCAGUCCUGCGAUACCGUCAGGCCCUGAAUUCUCUCCCUACGACGUGUUUCCGGACAAAUGGAGGGACCGCGAGGGCAUCGUUGACUCUUUCCCGGAAAUGCAGGCAAAAUUCGCCAAAUCAGCGAUCGAUGCGUCGAUGCAGGACGGCGGGAGGCUAUUCCAGACGGUCCAAGCUGUUACUCUCCUCGCAUGGUGGUAUUGGGCCAAUGCAAAGUGGGCCGACGCGUAUUUGACCACAUCUCAUGCACUGCGCUACGCCAUUCCGUGCGGAAUAAACGUCUGCCCUCCGUUCAACACGAUCGCGGAGCCUAUAAGACCACCCUCACUGCUGCCACCGGCUGCGACUGUCGUCGAAGAUGAGAUGAGGCGGAACACAUUUUGGAUAGCCUACGCUAUUGAACGUUGCCACGGGACAGCAAACGGCUGGGCGAUGACCCUCGAUGAUCAAGACGUCUCGCAGCUGCUACCGCUUCGUCGGGACCAAUACGAGCAAGGCAUCCUGGUCCUCCCGCAGGAACGACAAUGGUCGCACGACCAGGGCACGCUCAUCAAGCACCCUGAGGACCAAGUGGACGGGUUCAUCCUCUAUAUCAAGGCGACUAUGAUCCUCUCGCGCGUCAAGAACUUCAAUAUGCGCUUCCGGUCGAGGCACCACUCCGGCGAGCCGUCCGCGCAGAUCAUCGACAUACCGAUCCCUCAGCCGCAGCCACAGGCAUUCAAGUACAGCGGCCCCGACGGCGAGCCGAUCGACCCCCGCCAGACGACGGCGUUCGUCCAACUGGACCAGCUCACGACGGCGUUCAAGUCGUCGUUCCCUGUUCAUCUGAGGAACCCGGCGAAGGAGCAGAUCGACCCGCAUUUGUUCGCUGCUUGUACUGCUGCGCAUCUUGCGGAUAUUCUCUUGCAUGAGUCCCACGCGGUCAUCGGCAGGAGUAAGUGUAUCUCGUCAUGCCGGAUCCUAACAGCCUCGCGCGCGAUCCUGGAUCUGCUGUACCAGGUCAAUUCGACCAGCUACGACCUCUCGUUCCUGGGUGUGUUCCCUGUAAUGUGUUGGUUCAUGGCCGGAAGGGUCUUUGUGCGAUUCCUGCAUGCAGCGAUGAGCGAAAACAGUGAGGAACAGUGCUUGACUAUCUGGGCCGAGGUGGAUUAUAUCCGAAUGGCCAUGUUCCGUGUGGGCGCACACGUUCCAUUAGCUCACCGGUACGCCUCGAUGCUACACGACCUCCUCGUGCAGACCUGCGGCGACCGAUAUGCUGGUCCCGCGCCCAUGCUGACGGAGAGCAUGCAAGACAUUGACCUCAUCGCAUCGCAGAACAAUAUGUAUAUGGGAGCUAGUCUGCAGGCGAUCCCGACGCCGCCGUCGUGAGUUGUACUCUACUGUAACAGGUCUAUGUUGGGGAUGGACGGAUGUGUUGUGCGAUAUUUAACUUAUCUUUCGCUGCUGUAUGUACUUUUUGUCGUGGAUCACCGUGACGGUUGUGGACGGUUGUGAAAGUAUUGUGCACCCAGCCUCCAGGGCAGCCGCUGGCAGAACGACUACGGGGAUAGCCACCGAUAUCACCGCCGGCGUCACAGCGCGCCUCU